AGUACUAGCAAAAUGGCGGACGACAAGUAGUCGCUAGGUGGCGUUUUUUCUCCGUGAGUCCCAAAAUCGACGAAGGUAAAUGUCGUCCGAUUCAAGAAAAUCGCCUACGGAACAGCUAGCAAAAAUGGCUGGAAAUCUAGAAUCGCAAGACUUAGAUAAGGAUUUGCUCUUGGAAGAUUUCUUUGAUACAUCGAUAAAAGUACUAAAAGACAUUGGAAAAUUAAACGUUGGAAUUAAUCAACGAGACAAAGUAGAAGCGAUACUUUCUACUCUAUUAUCGUCAUAUUGCAAAAGAACUUCAACAAUAGCUUUCAAAUUUGAUUAUUUGGCAUCUGAUGAGUUAUAUACAAGAUUAAUCUUAAACCUUUAUCGGAUAUUCCUUCAUCCACAAGCUUACAAGGACAAAGAUUUUACUGAUAUGCUUAUUGCGAAAUUUGAACAAUUACGUGACAAAGAUUGUCCUAAAGGAUAUUCAAUAACUUUCUCAGCAAUAAUAGACUCUAUCAAACAGAGAUGGGAUAACUAUGAUAUUUUGAUGCAAUCUGCCAGCAAAGAGCAAUGUGUACUAUUAUUUCAGUUUAACGAAAGGGAGGAAUUAAUUCGAUGUCGAAUAAGACUAUUAAUUGAAGCAAAGCAAUAUAAUUUUGCAUUAGCCGUAUUAAAUUCUUGGUUUCAAUUUGAAGAAGCUUCACAAAGUUCUGAACUACGAUCUUAUGCCGCUAUCAAUGCUUACUUACAAGGACAUUUACAUGCUUUCAACUAUUACAUUACAUUUUUCAAUUGCAAAGAUGUCGGAUUUAUAUUAAAGUUUCUUAAAUCGAGUAUAAAAGAAUCUAAAUAUUUCGAUUGGCCGUCCUCAUCUCAACCGUCUACAGACUUUCUCAAUUAUCCUUGUAUAUGUGUACCAAAUCCGAAUUUUUUACAUAUUCAACCGAAUAAAUUAGAAAAAAUUUUAUACGCAGUCAGCAAUCAUAAACAUGUUAUUCAAUUGAUUGAUGAUAAAACUAUUGACGAAGGCUACGGAGAUUUAUUUUUAGAAUGGAUUAAAGUGAUUAAUGACAAUGAAAAAAUUAUUUCAACUAUUUUCAAGAAAAAUUCAUCCUUAUCAACGAAAUUGUUAAUUAUUAAAAUAACAGAUGUAAUUGAUAUGUUAGUUCAUGCCGGGGAGGCAGAAGAAUUCUUUGACCUUAUUUUAAGAUUGGUCUAUCAAGUUUUAACUGACAAAAAUAUAACUGGAUUAGAAAGUGAAGAAAUAUUGACAACUCCUUGCUUAAUAUCCGACUUAUCUGCAAGCUUAUCUUUAGCUUGUACAGGUAUUUAUCAAUGUCUGGAAAUUGUUGCUGCGGAGGCUAGUUUUUGUUAUAGACCUUGUGAAGAGACUUUAAACUUACUAAUCAAGGUGUUUCGUAGCCAAGUUACCUCUGAUUCAUGUUCAACUCAGCUGGCUGUAAAGAGUGAAUCAGGUAAUGAUUUCGAAUCGACCAUAAAUACGGCAAUAAACGUAUUUCGCAAAUUCAUCUUCGUCGACAACUAUCAAGGAGAUCCAAAACAAUUAAGAGCAGCACUUGGAGAGUUAAAAAAACAUUCAGACAAAAAUUUAGAAUGGCCAGAAGAUAUACCCAAAUUUGAGUUUGCUCCUUUACAAUCUCUCUAUGUCGAGAGAGCGACGGCAAAGACUCUUUACAACAUAUUUUCUUCGCUUACAAAACAAAAAUUACAGAUAGUUUUGAAUGAAUCUAUUCUAUUGUCUCAAACACCUACACCAGAAGAGACAAGUUAUCAGUUUCUGAAUAAGCCUGAACUUGAAAUCGAAUACACAAACGGAAAUGUAAACGUCAGCGAGAGAGAUUAUCAAUUCGACGAAAGAGCAAACCCUGAAGAUCCAAAUAAAAUAGAAAACUAUCUACAAUAUAUAGAAAACGAGUGCCCAGUGUAUGAAAAAAAGGUAUUCGAGGAUCAUAAUCAUGUUGAAAGAGAAGAGUUGUGUUUGAAAAAAAAAUUCCUUUUUCAACAGCGUGCACGAAGGUUAAGUCGUUGUAGAUUCUUGUGGAAUGAAGAAAGACAAAGAAGAGUUUACGACUUAUCUUAUAAGCCCUGGUAUUUAAAAAAUGCAAGUUACAUUCCACGAAAAUUGAAAAAAUUAUAUCGUGGAAAAUUAGGUCGAAAGUAUAAAAUUGAUGGUGUAGAAUUCACUGUUCCUGAGGAAGAGAACCACUCAGAUGGCACAGCCUUAGUACCAUUAUCAUGGAUAGAUGAUAAAACUGUGACUGAAACUUAUAAAAAUUUUAUCAGUGAUAAUUUUAACGAAUUUGCGGUGUUCAUAUCAAGAGAAAUAGAUGAAGAAAAUAAUGCAACAAUUACUUUUUAUAACGGAGCACAUAAAUUAAUUGCUGAAGUAAAACUAGCAGCUCAAGCAAAAUGUCAACAAAAAUUAUCAUUAAUAGAUUCAGUAAAAAUGCAUUCAAGCGAAGUAAGAACAAACGGAAAUCUCGUAAAUGACUUACCGGAUUUUGAAUUUAAAUAUGAUGCAAGUAAUAGAAUAUUUCAAAAUGGCUGUCCUCGAACCAAUUAG